AUGGAGAAAUCGACGUCUCGUCUGGAACAACAACAUUCAAACAGUGAUAAUCUGCUGCGCAAUGGCAACCUAGGCAUCGGACACACGCGUUACUCCACCACAGGCAUUUCAGAGCUGCAGAACUGCCAGCCUUUUGUGGUAGACACGCUGCAUGGCAAGAUUGCAGUGGCACACAAUGGAGAACUGGUCAAUGCCUCCGCACUGCGCAAAAAGGUUAUGCGCCAUGGCGUUGGCCUCUCCACCAGCUCAGACAGUGAGCUUAUUACCCAGCUCCUUGCUUUGACUCCACCCAUGGAGGAGCUAGAUACUCCUGAUUGGGUGGCUCGCAUAAAGAAUCUGAUGACAGAGACACCUACAUCAUACUCAUUGCUAGUUAUGUAUAAAGAUGUAAUCUAUGCUGUGAGAGACCCCUAUGGAAACAGGCCUCUAUCUAUUGGACGUCUAGUACCCAUCUCCAAACUACACAGCUCAGGUGCUGGAGAAGCAGACACCGAAGGCUGGGUGGUCUCUUCUGAGUCUUGCAGCUUCCAGUCCAUUGGUGCAAAGUAUUAUCGUGAAGUACAGCCUGGAGAGAUCGUCCAGAUCUCUAAAAACGGAGUGAAGAGCCUAAUUGUUGUCCCACGCCCAGAAGGAGACCCUCCUGCCUUCUGCAUAUUUGAGUAUGUUUACUUUGCCAGGCCAGACUCCAUAUUUGAAGGUCAGAUGGUAUAUACAGUGAGGCAGCGCUGUGGACGGCAAUUGGCCAUUGAGGCUCCCACUGAUGCUGAUGUAGUGAGCACUGUUCCAGAAUCAGCCACACCUGCAGCAUUAGGAUACGCACAACAAUCUGGCCUUCCAUAUGUAGAGGUGCUGUGUAAGAACCGCUACGUGGGCAGAACGUUCAUUCAACCAAACACUCGCCUACGUCAGCUUGGAGUUGCCAAGAAGUUUGGGGCGUUGACUGAUAACUUUGCUGGCAAACGAGUGGUGCUUAUCGAUGAUUCCAUUGUGCGGGGCAACACCAUCUCCCCUAUUAUUAAACUGCUGAAGGAAGCAGGUGCAACAGAGGUCCACAUUCGAGUUGCAUCACCUCCAAUCCGGUUCCCAUGCUACAUGGGCAUUAACAUUCCUACCAAAGAGGAGCUAAUUGCUAAUAAACCAGAGUUUGAGGAUAUAGCGGGUUACAUUGGUGCUACAAGUGUCCGUUAUCUGUCAGUUGAAGGCCUGGUAUCUGCUGUUCAAGGUGGGAUAGAGUCACAUGGGAAAGAUGAGAGGAUCAGCACUAAGUCUAGUAGAUUUGGUCAUUGUACAGCCUGCCUCACAGGAAAAUACCCAGUGGAGCUGGAGUGGUGAAUUUCGGCCCACAUAAAUGUAUAUUCAUUUCUGUAUAGAAUAGUUUUUUUUUUUGUUUGUUUCUUUUGAAAUCAUUUGUUAAAAUGACUAAAACUGGAAUUAAAACUGUGCUGCUGCUUUAACAUUUGUUGCAGUUGUAAAUGUCGUAAGGCAGGCUAUAUACUGUUUAAACACAAAAUAAAAC